GCGGUUGCAGUUUGACAGCUUGGUCGCAGAAGUGCCAAGCAGUUUGCGGCUGGUAAGGCGUUAGGUCUUGAGAAGGAUGAAAAUGAAGUCGUUCAUUUUGAUGGGCCUCCUUAGCCUCCUGAUAACCACACAUGCUGCUGUCGGUGACGAAGAGGUUGCAGAGGAACCAAUGCUAGAGCCAAAACUGUCACAAGAGUCGGAACGCGAGUCAAACGCCAACGACGCGCCAUCGGAAGAGGUCAACUCGGAACCUCCAACGGAUUCAGCAGAAAACUCUUCCGAAGAUGACAAAAAAUAUGCUCUGGGGUCAUUAUGUAACUAUUGUACCUAUUGCAAGUUUUGUGAAUUAUGUGACAAGGAUUGUCCCUGUGAGAAAAGUAAGAAAAAGCCAAACUGUCACUUGUGCAAGUAUUGCAAAUAUUGUAGCCUUUGCAGUGUUUGUGACACAGUUUGCACUCCAGGGGGAGUUAUUGACGUUGUGAGUUCAGCUAUUUACAGCUCUCUUCCAUCUUUUGACAAAGAAACAAAAGAAAAAGUCGACGAUGACAUCAAAUCAGCCAGGAAAUGGAUCAAGGAAUACCUCUGAUGAUUUCUUUAAAGAUACACAGGAUUGCAAAAAUGUUGACACUUCAAAAAGUGUCUGCAGUGAAUGAUGAGACCUUGCAGCUCUCUGCCUACAUAUAUAUAUAUAUAUAUAUAUAUAUGAUAACACCAUUAGCAGGUAGUGAAUGAUGGAAACAAUCCACACUUUCCUCAAUGAAAAGGACUAUCACAUAAAAGGUUUUUCAUGAAUAGUGAAAAAAAUUUCUCACAAAUUAGUUGGGUCUCAUUACAUGGAUCAUGCUUUUUAGGUGUGAACAUUUUUGCAAUUAAGUGUAUACUGAUCCAAUGUACACAGUUUUUAGAAAUUUUUCUUAUUAUACAAAGGUUGCUGACCUUUUCAAAGGUCCUUUUAAUGCUGACAUGUUUGCUUUAU